UUACAGUCAGGAUUUUGGAGACUUUGAUCUGUGUGGAUUUCAGACAAUGGUGGUGUUGAUCACGUCACAUAAGUAGGAUGCGAAAAACAAGACUAUAUCCCCACUCGGGCAAAGAAGAACUCGAGUCUCAGCUCUGUGGUAUGAGCGAAGAGGAUAUUUCGGCUCUGGUGGAACAGAUUGGGCAGAGAAAGGUUGAAAAGUUAGCACGUAUUGAAAAGUUCAAGAAUAUAUAUCGUAGGAGGCCUGCAGAGGAAGAGGAGGAUUCAGAUGAGGAUACGGAUAAGGAAGACGAGCUUAAGAGAUGCACAGUAAUGUGAUGAAGGACGGACUUUGAAGACUUUGCUUGAAAGUGGAAUAAAUAG